AGCCUCCCUCCUGCUGAUCGAGUCCAAUGGAAUCUGAGCCUCGAAUUCAUCCCUACUUCUGGCGUCAAGUCACAUACAGAAGCUGUGGGAUGCUUCAAUCAGUGAACGCUUUGCUGGUGGUUUUGCCAUUUUGAGAACUGAACUCUUUGCUGUGGAAUCUCCGGAGCAGGUCGCAAUAGGACUCUCAAGCAGAAUGUGGCGUUGCUCUUCUAGUAUCGUCCUCCUCUCUCUGAGUCUAAUACUUCUCCCGCUCGUUGCUAAUGACGUCGUCGCGUCUUCAACGAUAGAGCUUCCUAAAGUAGACCCGGCGAAGUUCAAGCCAGCGUCCAUUCCGUUGGCUCCGCUAACCCUAAAGUUCGACAGUGAGAACCGCCUCGCUCUCGCGGAACGAAGGUACUCAGGGCAAGCUAAUGGGCCGGAGAGUCUGGCGUGGGAUAGAACAGGCCGCGGACCGUACGCGUCGGUCAGCGACGGCAGGAUUGUGAGGCGGUCCCAGGACAACAUGCGAUGGGAAACAUUCGCGUGGGCUUCCCCCAAGUGGUCCAAGGAGCGGUGUCAAUCCAACGGCACCAACACCACCAUGGAAGCUGUCUGCGGCCGCCCCUUGGGCCUCCGGUUUCACCCCACCACGGGCGACCUGUACUUCGCCGACGCGUACUUCGGGCUGCACAGGGUGGGGCCCGGCGGGGGAAGGGCGGAGAAGCUGGCGGAUACGGUGGAGGGGAAGCGAAUGCUGAUGACGAAUGACCUGGAUAUUGACGCGGAUGGGAAGAGCGGGGCGGUGUACUUCACUGACGGCAGCACACGCUGGCAACGCAAGGACUUUUUCCUUGCCACCUUAGAAGGCCAGCCAGAUGGCCGGUUCAUGCGGUACGACAUUGCAACAGGCGCAGUGAAGGUGCUCGUGAAGGGGGUGGCGUUCGCCAAUGGCGUUGCGCUUUCUCGCGAUCGCACGUUCGUGGUCUUUUGUGAAACGAGCUACAUGCGGUGUCACCGACAUUUCAUCCGAGGGCCAAAAAUGGGCAAGACGGAAAUAUUUGUGAACCUGCCCGGGUACCCGGACAACCUGAGCCUCAACCCCAGGGGAAGGUUCUGGAUCGCCAUCAACUCCAGGCGCACUCCCAUGUCUGAGGUCCUAGCUCGGAGCCCCUAUGCUCGGUACAGGCUCCUGAACGACCCGGUGGGGCUGCAGGCAGCCUACGUGGCGGCAGUGGGGCUGUCGCACGGGAUUAUAGUGGAGGUUGACAAUAACGGGGUGAUUACAGAUGUGCUGGAGGACAAGCUGGGAAGGAGCGUGGCAGCUGUGAGCGAAGUGGUGGAGAGGAAAGGGAGGCUGUGGAUCGGGUCGGUGAUGGUUGAUGAUGUUGCCGUGCUCAAGUACUCGCCUCCAGCCAACAAUGCUUCCUCGAAGCCAACAAAUGGUUGAGCACCGAGGGCGGCUCAUUGAGUGGACUUGCGGCAUGCCUGCAGGCAGCCUACGUGGCGGCAGUGGGGCUAUCCCACGGGAGACUACAGAUAAUAAGGGGGGGUACAGUGGAGGUUGACAGUAGCGGGGUGAUUACAGAUGUGCUGGAGGACAAGCUGGGGAGGAGCGGGGAAAGGGAGGAGAGGGGACAGGCUGAGAGCGAGGUGAUGGAGAGGAAAGGGAGGCUGUGGAUCGGAUCGGUUAUGGUUGAUGAUGUUGCCGUGCUCAAGUACUCGCCACCGGUCAGUGCUUCCAAGGAUGCUCCAAGGAUGCUCCCAAGGAUGCUCCCAAGGAUGCUCCCAAGGAUGCUCCCAAGGAUGCUCCCAAGGAUGCUUCCAAGGAUGCUUCCAAGGAGGCUUCCAAGCCAUCGAUUGACUGACCAAGGGAAAGGAGGUUUCACUGGGUGGGCCUGCAGGCAGCAGGGGGGCUGUCGAACGUGGCGUGGCAGCUGUGAGAGGUGGUGGAGAGGAGAGGAGGGGGGGAGGAGGCUAUGGAUUGGUUAGCAUGGUUGAUGAUGUUGCAGUGCUGUAGUGCUCGCAUCAGGGUUAGUGCUACCAAAGAUGCUUCCAAGUCAACGACUGGCUGACUGAGCGCUUCCUAUUCAACAAGUGGCAUGAGUGAGACUCAGCUUCCUAUGUUGCAAGUAUGACCAGCAAGGGCCUCGAUUUAAGUUCUCGCUGAUCCGCCA